AUUCUUCCCUAUAAACAUAAGAAAAUGUCUAUGCGAUUUAGAGAGUGAGAAAUCAAAAGACCUAACUUCGUUUUGCUCCGCGUUGAGUUAAUAAUCUUACAAGAAAAUCAAUUUGUCACUGAUGGAUCAUCCCAUGGACUCGUCUGCUGAUGAGAACAUUGUGGAAGAGAGUCACAAGCUGGUUGACUCAUUGGACAAGCUUCGUGUUAGUGCUGCGAGCUCUUCCUCCAAUUUCAAGAAGAAGCCUGUCAUUAUCAUUGUUGUUGGAAUGGCUGGCAGUGGAAAAACCAGUUUCCUUCAUCGUUUGGUCUGCCAUACCUUUGAUGCAAACAAGCGUGGCUAUGUGUUGAACCUUGACCCUGCUGUUAUGUCUCUACCAUUCGGUGCCAACAUCGACAUAAGGGACACUGUCAAGUACAAGGAAGUUAUGAAACAGUAUAAUUUGGGGCCUAAUGGUGGAAUCAUGACUUCUCUCAACUUGUUUGCUACUAAAUUCGACGAGGUUGUCUCUGUGAUAGAGAAACGUGCAGACCAGCUUGACUAUGUCCUUGUGGAUACUCCUGGUCAGAUUGAAAUCUUUACAUGGUCUGCUUCUGGUGCUAUAAUCACUGAAGCGUUUGCCUCAACCUUCCCAACUGUUGUCACCUAUGUGGUUGAUACUCCACGUUCCACUAGCCCAAUCACUUUUAUGAGCAACAUGCUCUACGCUUGUAGUAUCCUCUACAAGACCCGGCUUCCUCUUGUCCUGGCUUUCAACAAAACUGAUGUGGCAGAUCACAAGUUUGCUUUAGAGUGGAUGGAAGAUUUUGAGGUGUUUCAAGCAGCAAUACAAUCUGAUAACUCGUACACAUCGACCUUAGCUAACAGCCUCUCCCUCUCACUCUACGAGUUUUACCGGAAUAUAAGAUCUGUUGGUGUUUCUGCAAUCACUGGUGCUGGAAUGGAUGACUUCUUUAAAGCCAUUGAAGCAAGUGCUGAUGAAUACAUGGAAACUUACAAGGCUGAUCUUGACAAGAGAAAGGCGGAGAAGGAGCAGUUGGAAGAAGAGCGAAGGGAAAAGGAAAUGGAGAAACUAAGAAAGGAUAUGGAGAGUUCUCAGGGAGGGACUGUGGUUUUAAACACUGGUUUGAAAGAUAAAGAUGCAGCGGAGAAGAUGAUGGUAGAGGAGGAGGAUGAUGAGGACUUUAAGAUUGAAGAAGACAGUGAUGAUGCCAUUGAUGAGGAUGAGGAAGAUGAAGAGAUGAAUCGUUUCUACGUAUAAGUUAAAACUUUAAAACCAAAUCUUUCAGACUUUAUCAAGUUGCUUCAACUGGUUUUGUUUGUGUCCUUGCCUUGUUUUCCCCUGUUGUGUAGUUAAAACCAUGGAAUUGAUUCUCUUUGUGAGACAUUGUCUAAUGAUCUAAUGACUAUUAUAAACUAGAAUGUUGGGAGA